AUGGCUCUUCGAGCAUUGUUCGUGUUCUUGAGCUUUCUGGGUGCCCUCGGAGAGGAUGUGGAUACAGCUUUGGCGUCGGAUGACGUCUGCGAAGCCGGGCAGGACUGCAGCUUGGAGCUCCGCCAGCUGCGCGGCAUUAAGGUCCACUACCUGGAAGCCUUGGAGGAUGACGAGGAGGAGUCCGCGAAGGUGGAGGAGGAAGCUGAGCUCGAGGGUGGCGGCUGCACCGGUGCCGCCGACAUGGGAGUUUGGAAGGGCGGAGGAAAGAAGAGCUUCGAUGCUGCCCUCAACCACUGCGGCCGCUCCUGCGCCGCCGGCUUUCCUUGCACCAAGGACUGCAUGCAGAAGAAGGGCUACUCGGACGGCUGUGCGUCAUGCAUGGCCCAAUUAGUGGGCUGCUCGAGGGACCACUGCAUGAACCAAUGCAUCACCAACGACAAGGCACCUGCCUGCACGCACUGCGUGAAGGCCAACUGCCGACCCAAGAUGAAGGCCUGCAGCGGUCUCAAUGCUGAGGAUGUGGAUACAGCUUUGGCGUCGGAUGACGUCUGCGAAGCCGGGCAGGACUGCAGCUUGGAGCUCCGCCAGCUGCGGGGCAUUAAGGUCCACUACCUGGAAGCCUUGGAGGAUGACGAGGAGGAGUCCGCGAAGGUGGAGGAGGAAGCUGAGCUCGAGGGUGGCGGCUGCACCGGUGCCGCCGACAUGGGAGUUUGGAAGGGCGGAGGAAAGAAGAGCUUCGAUGCUGCCCUCAACCACUGCGGCCGCUCCUGCGCCGCCGGCUUUCCUUGCACCAAGGACUGCAUGCAGAAGAAGGGCUACUCGGACGGCUGUGCGUCAUGCAUGGCCCAAUUAGUGGGCUGCUCGAGGGACCACUGCAUGAACCAAUGCAUUACCAACGACAAGGCACCUGCCUGCACGCACUGCGUGAAGGCCAACUGCCGACCCAAGAUGAAGGCCUGCAGCGGUCUCAAUGCUGGUGGCAAAUGA